GUCGCUCGUUGCUUAUAGAACUUAAAUGUUUGAAAAUAAACUCAACUAAAAAGAAUACGGAGAUACCUUUAACGUUUUCCUCUUUUUUAUUAUUAUUUUGCAUUAGUUUAAUUGGAAAAGAGAAUGUUCUCUUUGAUUUGUAUGAGGAAACUCGUACUGUAGUGGUUUAGUCUCGAGUGAAGUGUCAUAUGAAUUUAUAAAAUUCAGUUUGAUCUUUUGGGAUAACACAGUUGAGGAGAACUGGUCUGCUGUUGGCUUCUCACUUGUGUAGAGAACUGUGUGUAACGAGACCUCACCAAUCAUCGCCGGAGCCAAGAUGGAUCUCUGAUUGGCAGGAGGAUCAAGCUCCAUCCCUCCCACCAUGGACAAUCCGACCUUCGCUUCUGAGGAGCACCUUGCCUUCACGAGAGGCAGGAACAUGGUGGAUGAUGACGUAAAGCACGGCGUCAGUAACGGCUACAUGAUUCGCGGGAAGAACUAUGACGUUGAAGAAAACAAUCGCCUGAAUGGUGGAGCACAUCGUGACGUCAUCCCAAGCAGCAAAAUCAUUGGUGAAGAAAAGCGUGACGUCAAAAACAACAACCAUUCCUUGACCAAUGGGAAACACCACGAUGUCGUCGAAGAAGAAGAGAUUUCGGGGGACAUGUGUGGCGGUUUCGGUCGUUAUCCAAAAUGGCUUCAGUGCUGCGCCCAACCACGGACCUUUCUUGUCGUUUACUGCAUCUUAAACAUCCUCGGAGGCGCAGAAGUGACGUUUUUCAUGGGCAGCACAACGUCUUUUGAGAAACAUUUCCAUUUCUCUAGCAAAGAUGUUGGUUACAUCAUUCUCUUCAGCGAAAUCGGACCCAUCAUCCUGUCGAUGGUGCUGAGCUUCCUCGGAGGCCGCGGGAAUCGACCUCGCUGGAUGGCCCUCGGCGGGUUCCUGUCGGGCGUGGGCACCCUGGCUAUCUUCUCCGCCGUCCUCUUCUACCCGCCGCCCACGCUGUCAGAAUCCGGCCUACUGAAGGACAGCCGAAAGUUCUGCUCUCCUGAAGAAGCCCGAGCCAUUCGCCACCUGGCCUCCCCGCCCACGACCUCGCCCUCGCGUCUCUCCUCCUUCUCGAGGCUGGGGGUCGAGGUGGAGACUUCGUGCUUCCUCUCCAACACCUUCGCCUUCGUCCUGUUCCUCGCGGGGCGCUCGCUCAAAGGCAUCGGCAGCGCUCUUAAUUUCACCUUGGGAUCUUCUUACCUGGACGACAGCAUCAAGAAGAAGGACUCGCCCGUCUAUUUCGCCAUGGCCACAACCCUGGGUAUUGUUGGCCCCUUCAUUGGCUUCUCUCUCUCUGCUUUUGCUCUGAACAUCUACGUCCUCCCUGGGCAGAAUCACGGUAUCCUGCCGAGCGACCCGCGUUGGGUGGGCGCCUGGUGGCUCGGGCCGCUCGUCUUCUCCUCCUUCAUGUUCAUCUUCGCCUUCGUGGUCGCGCUGUUUCCCAGAAAAAUGAAGAAACCACCGGUCGAGUGCGGCGCCGAACAACAAAAUGGCGACGCACAGCAACGCCAUCCGUCGGACCCGCUUUCGGAUCCGGGAAUAAUCCACACUUCCGUCGUCCCUUGUGAUAAUUUGGAACAGCCGAAAACCAAGGAACGAAACGGAGGCAUGAAAGAACGGAAUGGGGGAACGGGAGAAAGAGGAGAAAGAGGAAGAGGUAAGGAAGCAGGAGGAGGCCGCGAUUCGAGUCUAAAGAAGAAAACGGGAGACGAAAGUUCACAAGAGAAUACGAUAACAGCUUUAGAAACGAAAGCGAGUCCUGUUCAAGAGCUCCGCGUGGCCAUGGGGAGGAUCCUGAGCAAUAAGGUCGUCGUAUGCCUUGCUUUAGCCGACUUUUUCGCCCUUAUGGGAGCGGCGGGACUGUUCUUCUGGCUGCCCAAGUACUUCGAGCACCAGUUUAGGACCAGCAAAGCCAAGGCGUCGCUAUUCACAGGGAUCUCCGGCACCACCUCCGUGAUUCUGGGCGUCGUGGGCGGGGGCGUGUGGAUCCGGCGCUUCCGGCCGGCCGCCCGCACCGUGGCCCUGACCGUGGCGGGCUCCCUGGCGCUGUACAUGCUCUCGCUCUUCGGCCUCAUGUCCAUCACGUGCGACUUCAAUGACGAUUUGCCCGGGAUUCUGUCCGUGGAUAAGAGGAGCAUCGACCUGUACCGAGGUUGCAGCGGCGGUUGCAUGUGCAAUCAGCAGGAGUUCGUGCCCGUGUGCGUGCGCGACGGCCCCAUCCGGCUCACCUACUUCUCUCCGUGCCACGCCGGAUGCCCCGACAUCGAGGGCGCGGGCAGCGACUUUUUCAAUUGCACAUGCGGCAGCCCGGCAGCCAGCGUGACCCAAGGGCAUUGUCGCGAAACGUGCUCGGGUUUCCUCCUGUACAACGUGGUCAUGAUCAUCAUCAAGGCCUUCCUGUCGGUGGGGACCAUCGGCGGGAUCCUCAUCAACAUGAGAUGCGUCGCCGAAGAGGACAAGCCGCUCGCGCUGGGUCUGAAGGCGACCAUGGUGGCUCUGGCCGUCAUGCUGAACCCUCUGGUCUUCGGGUCUCUGGUCGACUCCGCUUGCCUGGUCUGGGAGGAAGUCUGCGGGGACAGAGGGUCGUGCUGGGUCUACAGUAGUGAUGAUUUCAGGUACAAGCUCCACGGAAUGGCGUGCGCCAUGUUCGCCGUGAGCGUGGUGUUCAUGUCGCAGGCCGCCCGCCACGUAGGGGACCUCAAGCUGAUGGAGGACGCGGUUCCUGCGUCAGAUGUGUCCAGCGCCCUCUCCAGUGGGCCUCCUUCGCUCUUCUCCGAAUUCGCCGACGGGAAGGAGCCCGCGGAAGGUGGAAAGAAUGAGAGAGGACGAGAAAUAAGCGAAAAAGACGGAAAGAGUUUCGGGAAGUUCUCCAGGGGCGUGGCGACGAGGCUCUCCGGAAGGAGGAGGAGGGAGGAGGCGGAGGAGAACGGGUCGACGCAGCCUCCUCGGUGGAGAGUCGACGAGGGAAGGAAGGAGAGAGCUGGGGUUGGAAGGGGGUAUGGAGAAACAGAGGAAGGAGAAGUAGGAGGAAGGAGUGAUGGAACUGGAGGAAGAAGAGAAAGAAGAGAAGGGGAGAGAGAAGAAGGAAGAGGAGGAGGAAGAAACGGAAGGGACAGCUAUCGACAAGUUACUCCUUACGCUUACCCAGGGGAAAUGAGAAGGUCAGAGGAGGUACCACACGUACCGAGAAAUGAAGUACCAAGGGACUUCUCGAGGUCGAUGCAGCACCCUCACAUCCUGCCCUCCAAUGUCAUCAAAACGACCGGCGUGUGAUGACACCCAAUUCAGUUUUCGAUUCUCUGUAUCAUCUGUAUCAAUACUGUAUCAUCUUGAAUACUGAUGCACCAAAUUAAACUGUUCGUCAGGAAUCGCUGAGUAAGUAACAAACUCCUCAUAUAAGACAGAAGUGGUGUCAAAGGACAUUUGGAUAGGACAGCUACAGCUCUUUGUUGACAUUGCUUUGUGCAAAGUUCCGGUAAUUCCCAGUUUCGGUUGAAAGAAAAGAUGAAGAAAAAGCAAUAAAGAAAGAAAAGGGAAAGUGUAUAAAGGUUCUUAGAGAUCUUAAUGGUAAUAAAACAUUAAGAGCAUCUCUUUGCCCAGUUCACACUAUGUAGCCACCUAGUAUGAUAUUUUGUAAGGGAAAAUUAUAGUAAUUUUAUGUGCACUUGUGAAAUACUCUUGUAUAUUACAUCCCACGACAUCUUUAUAUCUAUAUUCAUUAUUUACUCCACAUAUCUUUACCCAUUUUGUUAUACUUACGAUAGAGAUUUUUUCGAAAAAUUGAAGAAUGUAUUCUAAAAAAGGGGGUAUAUGAGCAAAGUUAUUGUGAUAAACGUAGAAAAGGUAUGAAUGAAAAUUUGUUUAUUCUAACAGAAAAAUAAACGUCAUUGACAUAUCAGUUGCAUCUAUUAAGGAGUGAAGUUAUCCAUGUCGUUCAUAUCUUUUCUACAGGGUUUGUUAAAGGCGCCCAAGUACUAAUGCUAGAGUUUCGUCCGCAGAAAUAAAUGUGUUGUACUUCUGCUAUUAAUAUUAUUAUCAAUUCUAAUUAUUAAUAUUAUUAUUAUUUCUAUUUGUUUGUGUAGACUCUCAUGCAUCAUUUUCAAUAAAGUUAGCGUUUGUGUGUGUUAGUGUAAUGAUAGUAACCAUUAUUAGUCUUUAUUUCCUGUAGAUUAUAUGAAUUAAAAAUGUAUAAAUAACAAACGAUGAUAAUGA